AUGCAGAUGCGUUUCGUGAUCUCCAAAUACGGGAUCUUCUCCAAGAAUAGUGGAUAUCGUGGUCGAUUGGAUGGGGAUUCCCAUGGGCAAGUGGUCAUUGAUAACAAUGAAAUGAGAGUGUGUGAUUGGCAAAUGGGUAUUCAAACGUUACCGAUUCUCGUCUUACUAUUCCCUUUGGGUGUAACUCUUCUUAUCCUUCCACACAGCUAUGAUCUCACCGUUCAACUACCCAUCAAUGAGACUUAUUUCACCGGAUCAUUGAUGUUACAUUUCUCCUUGCUUCAAAACUCUUCAAAUGUGACUCUUCACGCGAAAGGACUUCACAAUUUCAGAAAUAUUUCCCUUUUAAGCGCCAACGACACGGUGGAGCCAAAGCUCAAAUCGUUACGCAUUCUCUCCGACACGGUCGAAUUCAACUUCGUCAACGCACUCCCAAAAGGGAAAUAUCUUCUAACGAUUGUCGAAUAUAGUGGAAAAUUGAGAAACGACUCAUGGGGAGUAUUCUCGCGUCGCAACUCCGCUCUGAUCACCACUCAUUUUCAGCCGGAUUUUGCCAGAACCUUCCUUCCAUGUAUCGAUCUACCCUCAUCAAAAGCUCCAUUCCGUCUCUCGAUCAUUCAUCCAACAGAAACAAUCGCUCAAUCAAACACCAUCGCCAAUGAUGUCGUUGUUGUGAAUGCUGAGUGGCAGAAGACAGUCUUUGCGCCGACACCCUCAAUUCCCCCAUAUCUUUUGUCGUUCUCGGUGAUGCCCGAUUCAUAUAAACAGCUUUACCGUGCCACCUCAUUUGGUGUGACUCUUCGUGUCCACGCGGAUUCAUCCAUCGAUUCGUUGCGGAUUCUCGAUGCAGCCGUUGCCGCUUUCGAGAUCUUGGCUAGUAUGUUUGAGGUGCCUCUACCCUUGAACAAGGUAGACUUCAUUUUGGUGCCUGAUUACGUUGGCGGGAUUGAGAAUUGGGGGCAUGUUGUCGUUUCGGAGGAACUAGCCUCACCAUCAGCGAAUGAUGCUCAUGUGGCCUAUGUGGUCGCUCAUGAGUUAGCUCAUCAUUGGAUUGGAGACAAAGUGACGGUGAACUCGUGGAAGUGGGCUUGUUUACAGGAAGAUCUCACUGAUUACAUCAGCUACAAGGUUGUGCGUGCGCUCUUUGGUGGAGAUGAGAGAUAUGAGCGUUUCCGUCUUUCAAAAUACGUGGAAAUCCAAUUGGCCGAAGAUUUCGUCUCUGCCAAUCAUUCGCUGGAGUUGCCUGAACAAAUUGACGCCGAAAUGAUGACCAAUCAUUGUUAUUUGAAAGGAGUCGUCUUUUUGGAAUCAAUUGAGGGUUUGAUUGGAGAAGGGACAUUGAUGGCAUCGAUUAGACAUCUCAUUGCGACAAGAUCAUCGUUUGAUUUGGAUCUCUUCGCUGAGUAUUUCAACAAGUUCACCACACCCGAUGGAAUCCCUCUAUCACAGAUCUACCAAUUCUGGUAUCGUACCGGCGGUUUCCCUGAAGUCCUUGUUGUGAAUGGUGAAGGGGCGACAACGGUGGCUCAACGUGGCCCCAAAUUGUGGCCUCUUCUUUUGCCCAAUCAACUCAAUCUUCCCCAAUUCAUGCUCACCCAAGCUGCCGAAUAUGAGAAUGUCACUUCGCCAGUGAUUGUCAAUCUCAACUUUACCUCAUUCGUCCGUGUCAACUAUGACUACGCCACGUGGAACAAUAUUUUUAGCCAAAUGCGGCGAUGGCCGGGUGCUUUUUCGGCAGUUGGACGAGCGCAACUCGUCUCCGAUUUUUGCCAUUUCCACAAAGAGGGACUUGUGCCAGGAGGAGGAAAAAUUAAGGAACAAGUGUUGGAUAUGGUUUAUGCUCUUCCCGAGCAUUUCGAGUUGUGCGAUUGGAAUCUUUAUUGGUGUACGGUGGCACCGUCGGAAUCGUUGGCCGCUAGCUUGGUCAAGCAUGUUCUCGUCAACUUCUCAGCCCUUUUCCAAAGCGAUAUUCAUUAUGGAUGUAAACGGGGUGGAGCCGCAAAAACGAUCAACUCUUUCUGUCAAUCAUUUUUCGGAAAGAAUUGUAUU